AAACGGGCGUGCAGCCGGCGGAUGUUGUCGUUUCUGUGAGAGCCAAAGCCGGCAAGAUGGCGUCGGGCGGCGGGGAGCUGGGUGGCUUGUUCGACCACCACGUCCAAAGGGCUGCUUGCGACACGCGGGCCAAGUACCGGGAGGGGCGACGGCCUCGUGCCGUGCGGGUAUAUACAAUUAAUUUGGAAUCUCGGUACUUAUUAAUACAAGGAGUUCCUGCAGUGGGAGCGAUGAAGGAAUUAGUUGAACGAUUCGCUCUAUAUGGUGCAAUUGAACAGUAUAAUGCUCUAGAUGAAUACCCAGCAGAAGAAUUUACAGAAGUUUAUCUUAUUAAAUUUAUGAAUUUACAAAGUGCAAGGAUAGCCAAGAGGAAAAUGGAUGAACAGAGUUUCUUUGGUGGAUUGCUUCAUGUGUGCUAUGCUCCGGAAUUUGAGACAGUUGAAGAAACUAGAAAAAAAUUACAAGAGAGGAAGGCUUAUAUAGCAAGAGCUACUAAAAAUAAAGAUUAUUUCAUGACAAAGAAGAAACUGGUUACAGAAUAUAAAGACACAAAAGAUUUUAGACAGGACUUCCACUCAAAGAAAUCUGGAUUCUGUGAAGCUGCGCUGAACACUUCUGCUGGGAACUCAGAUCCUUGUCUUCCUUAUUCUUGUGAAUUGCCUUUGUGUUAUUUCUCCUCAACAUGUAUGUGUUCAUCAGGAGAGUACGAGAACAGAGCAUCAAGCUCCUCUCAGUAUGGGAGAAACCGUGAUGAAACAGUGGGGCAUUGUAACCACAAUGACUCUUUGCAGAAAGUGCAGAUGAAAACUUUAAAAAAUCCAGUGGCCUGCCCUGGUGCUCAGAAGGCUUUUACUCCUUCAGAGGCAGUUGACAGAUUUAUGCCUAGGAUGACACAACUGCAGGAGCGGAAGAGAAGAAGAGAAGAUGAUCGUAAACUCGGACCUUUUCUUGAAACAAGCACUAGCAGUAAUGAGGUGCUGAUUGGGCCUCUGUUAUCAGACAUACCCAAAGUGGAUAUGCAUGAUGACUCCUUGAAUACAACAGCGAAUUUAAUUCGGAAUAAACUUAAAGAGGUGAUUACAACUGUGCCAAAGCCUCCAGAGGACAAGCUGGAAGAUGUGCAUACAAAUCAUCCAUUAAAACAAAGAAGAAGAAUCUAAGAUUACUAGUAGCAAAUUAAUAUUUUCUAAGAGUAUUUAUUUUUAGCCUGUUGUUUUAAUUCUUGAAGAGAUUUUACUGCUGCUAUUUUUUUUUAAUGCACUCCUCUUUGUAAUUUCUUUCAAGCCACUUGUUUAAUUUAGUUUCACCUUUUAAAAUUAGUUUAUUGUGGACAAAAUACUUGCCAGCCAACUGUUUCCCUUAAUAAAAACUUUCCCAGAAACGCCAUCCAGUGACUUUAGUUACAUCUUAUUGGCUAGAACUGGGCCCAUGACCAUUCCUGAGGAGUCUGGAAUAGUGAAUGCUUUAGGUUUCCAACUUCUAUGGUUAAGGAAGCAAGAGAAAAGAGGGCUGGGAAUGCCUGACUUGAUGCUACAAGAUCCAAGGUGGUUGACUAACUUAAAUAAAUUUGCUUAUUAUUA